AUGAGCUUCUUCCAAGAUGCCUGCGGGGUAUCGAUUGGACAGGGCACAUUCAACGCGGUCACAGGAAACCAGAUAAAUCAUUUCUAUAAAGAGAUGGCUCAGCAGAAGAAAGAGCAUACGAUAUACGACGAAUUCUACAGGAUUAAGCUUGGUGCAGUACAUAGAAUUCGGGAUAUACAUUGUGAAAAUUACCCAAGGCAAUGGGACGUCGGUAUUAGGGAGCAGUGGGAAGAGAGACGCUUCCGUGUUGAUCGAACGAUUUGUGCUGCCAAAAUCCGUGGUGAACAGGCCUCGGGAUUCACGGUAGUUUCGUAUAGUGGACCAGAAAAGGAUGAGGCAUGGAAGGAAGACUUUCAACGGUUUUCGAAAGCUACAAACACAACGAAGAUGCAACUGUUCGGGAUUAACCGGUCGAGUGUUCCUCUGCUGAUAUUUCAUGGAGAGCUUCUGCCUCUCGACCAUUUCUGGCAUAGUCUCGGAUGGUUUGGGCGAGGUUAUGCACGAACAUUGGCUUCGCGCAUAUGGAAAUGUAAUGAUUCUGAGAUGUGGAUAGAUCCCGAGCAAGGAACUAUUAUUCGUGGAAUGGAGGGACCCGAUCGCUCUCGAUUUCAAUUGAGUUUCGCCGCUGUUGAGACACUGGCAUCAAGCGCCGAACUUCUUCUCGACGAAGAUGUUUGCUUCCGCUACCUCUCUCGGCGGUUCCCAUUGGUCAAGGAAUUUGACAGAGACAUCAUUGAUAUGCUCCACUACACGUCCGAGAUAGUAGAAGAGAAAUCUCCGAUUCUCAAUCAACCCUACAUCCUUUCUAGCAAGGGAGAUUCCAUAAUUGCAGUCGGGAACAGCUCCUGGAUUGGAGGUGGGUGCAUCGCCGACCGAGUCAUUAUGCCAGAUGGAAGAACAAGAUUCACUCUUACAGACAAACCCUCAGUAUUGGUAUUAUGCUCCGAUACAUUCGGUGCCCAUGCUGAAUGUGCCUGGCUCUCACAGGCUUCGGGUAUCUUUAACAGACUCGGAAUUUCGUUGAACGACCAUCCGUCGUCCCAUAAGCUCAUUCUGCCGAGCAUCUGGCUGGGUGGAUCAAUUAAAGACUCGCUACAACGGUCAGAAGGCCCACCCAUAUACUUCUUCCUCCAUUCGCUACCCGUUGAAGACGGUUCAGUUGUGCCCACCCACAACUGGUCUUAUGAUGAAGAUGGUGAAACACCCAUCCCACAUCAUCUUUGCAAGUAUCUUGGUUUACCCACCGAGCUGGGACAGACACAGACUCGCUUGGAAUACCCCCCGAGUAAGACAUAUCGCUGGCCUAGCAAGAUGUAUGAAACCAUCCACAAGUGGCAGACUGCAAGAGGAUUUGAUCCAACCACGACCGACUUCGCUCAAUAUCUCGGAUAUUCCAUAUAUGAAGUUCAGUUAGCUAGGUUUGAAGAAUUGGGUGCGGGCCCCUCCGAAAGCGUUGAAUGUUGCGGAAAAUCCAUGCAGUGA